GUCUCUUCCGCCUUGCUUUAGACUUGAACCUUGCCAAUGGACCUGAUUGGUUUUGGUUAUGCAGCCCUGGUGACAUUCGGAAGCAUUUUGGGAUAUAAGCGGAGAGGUGGUGUUCUGUCUUUGAUUGCUGGUCUUUCUGUUGGAUUUUUGGCUGGCUGUGGAGCUUACCGUGUCUCCAAUGACAAGCGAGAUGUAAAACUGUCCCUGUUUACAGCUUUCUUCCUGGCCACCAUAAUGGGGGUGAGGUUUAAGAGAUCCAAGAAAAUCAUGCCAGCUGGGCUGGUUGCAGGUUUAAGCCUCAUGAUGAUCCUGAGACUUGUCUUACUGCUGCUCUGAGAAUCCGCAGGAACUGAAAACUAAAUUUGAGUCAUUCUGCUGUAAUGGGCAGAGCCUACUCUUUGUAUUGAAAAGAUAAAUUCCAAUAUGGAAUGUUCACCGUGAUCUUAUUUUAUGAUAGAAACUGCAAAAGAAACACUGUCACCUCUAAUAUGGACACUGGUUUGAGGGAUUUUUUUUUUUUUAAACAAAUGGUUUAACUGUUUUCUAAUUGUCAGGUACUGGUUUCAUUAAAGAUAUUUAAUAAAUCGUGAUACACUGUU